AGUUCGACGUGUUGUGGGUUUUCCAGUGGAUCGAAUGUAGGCAAAGCUAAUUUGCUGGAACAUGGGGAACCCUAAGCCCGCUAUUCAUUAGGCUAAUAAGGCGCGAUAUGCUCACCAGUCACCAACGUCCUUAUAUGGUAGUCGCGCGGCCGAUUCCGUGGUACUGUGUCUCUGGCAUCUCUGGUCGCGGUCCUGUUAGAAUUGGAUUAUGGGAAAUUCAGGACGGCGCAAUAUGAGUGACAGACCCCAAGCUAUUACUAUCGUGAUAUGUGAAGACGUACAGAGAGUAGUAAAGCAAUUGAACAAAUGAAACCCUCCGGGCAACUAGCUAAAUGUAUGGGUAUCCUGGUGGGUAAAGCAGUCAAGCAAUUGAAAGCCCCAAAGUACACCUGUAGACAGCUGACUCCUCAAUCCUCCUUUCACUGCCUGCCAUCAAAGGUCCUCAUUAUCGUCAUCGUCGUCAUCGUCGUCAUCGUCGGUGCUCUUGGAUAAAGCGAAAAACCAAUCGCGCUCAUAGAAAAUAUACAAGUGACGUCAUCGGUAUACACCAGCCAUCAAAGACUUCCACUGUUUUCAACCGAAUAGUCGUGUCAAAUUCCAAACAUAUCAUGGAACCGCCCCUGUCAACUUCAUUUAGACGCCAGCGUGGGUAUGAGCGUUAGGGGUAGGCUUCGUACUCGGGCUAGACCGGGAACGCGAGGCACCGAGGACAGCGACAACGCUGGUGGCCAGGAAUAAUACCCAUUCGAAAGCCCCAAAUACGGUCGCGGCCUGUAGUGCCCGACAACGACUCCAGUGACAAUAUUCUGCGGCUGGGAGGUAAACUCCCAGAGCGAUAAA